AUGGGACACUUUGCCGAGCUGGGACAGAGCCUGCGGGCUUUCACGCCCCAGGAGCGCCGCAACAUUGCGAUCUACAUCAUAGGCAUCAUGGUUUACAAGUUUGGCCUCGAAGCCUUCAACGGGUCCAUCAUCGCCCUCGCCAGCAACAGAUACGACUAUGAAGCGAUCAGGGACGAUACGCCCAGUCGGACCUUCGAGAGAGUCGGCCUGCUUACCGGUCUCAAUCAGGCCUGUCAAUGUAUCGGAUCUAUUCUCAUUGGCCCACUGGUGAAAAGAUACCCGACCAAGAAUGUCCUUUCCGUCGCCAUCCUAAUAUUUGGGAUGUGCUCGGCUCUCCUGCUCAUCAUUGACGCCGCCACGGGCGGCACGUUUAUGCCUGCGGAAUUCCGGACCAAUCACCCGGACCAUGAGUGGCCUUACUACGGCACGUACAAUACCGACGUCAUGAUCCCUGUGUACUGCGUGUGCGGCAUCGUCUACGGCAUGGUCGAGCUCAUCCGUCGAGUCAUUCCGCGGGAUAUUGUUGGGGGCAACAUCCAGAAGUUAAAAAAAAUGGAUUCUUUGGUCCAUAUCUUCUACGAAAUUUCCGGCACCGCAGGCGCCUUCACGACGGGAUUGGCUAUAAUCCCCCAGCUGGGGAACAACAUGGCCUUCAUCAUUACGCCUGUAUGCUUUACAAUCAGCGCCAUCGCCUGGUUCUUCGUUGGCGAGCUUGGCUUUCGACGUGCCCAGCCAGGCAUCCGAGCCCGUGGUGACAAAACAUCCUACUUCAAAGCCGCCUUCAGCGGCCUGUACCUCUUUGGCGAGUCUGUCUGGGUCGGCGCCAAGAUCCUCUUCACCUCUCGCAAGUUCAUCUGGCUGGUGCCGGGCUACUCGGUCGCGCUGUACGCCCACCGCUACCUCGAAAACGGCAUCGCGCCCCAGGUGGCCCGCCGCUAUUUAGGCAACUCGGCUUGGGCGCAGAUCAUGGUCGGCGGCUCCAACCUGGGCGAACUGCUCGGCGCCUUUUCCGUGCUGCUCUUCACCAACGCUGUCCAGACGCCCAUGCCAUGGCUGCGCCUGGACGCGCUGAUGCUGCUGAUUGUGUGGUACAUUCCCUACUGGCACCCCCCGGCAGAGCAGGUCGGCCAGGCGUGGAUCGUUGCUGCGACGUUUGCGCCCAUCUCGUACGGGUGGGCUUCGGGCGACGUGUCGCUGGCUGCCUACAUCCAGGCGUCGCUGGCCCGCCUCGAAUCGCAGAACAAGAACGUGUCAGCCCUCGGCGCCGUCAUGGCGUUUCUCUACUCUUUUUACAUCGUCACGUACGCUGUUGCUGGCACGCUCCUCGGCCGCUACCUGGACGGCAUUUACAACGCGACGGGCGGUAUCGACGACGGCGGCGAAGUGCGCAGCGGAUUGGUUUUCACGGCGGGCGUGCAGAUGACCGUCAUCUCGGUGCUCGUGCUUGCGUCGACAUUCGUGCCCAAGGGCGCGUUUGCGUUUAACCCCAAGAUGUUGUCCGACGAGACGUUGGAGGACGACCACAUCGAGAUUGAAGAGCAGCGGCCGGAGCGCGACGAUGGGCCCGGGCUGGAGGGGGAGAGCCACAAGCUGGAGGAGGGGUACAAGAAGACAAGGAGUUAUUGCAGCAGUGAAAACGGGUCAGAACCAAGGGUUGAGAAGAAGAUAAGCGAGAUCCUGUAG